UGUCAUCCUGUCCAAAUGCCAAUAAAAAGUAAUACCGUGGAGGCCUGACAGCUACGUGGGGGUCGCUGGUGGGCCGUGCGGUAGUCUCUCGCUUGCCAGAGCCCCGUGAUGUGCUUUGGUGUGGGGGAGGAAGGGGGAAAGGCAGCUCGCAGCCAGAUCAACACUCACAGCGGUGGCUUGCGGACUAGCAAGGAGUAACAUGGCGGCGGCAGUGUUAGCCAGCAUAAAUGUUGUUCCACUGCCGCGAAGGUCAGCCUGGUCUGUGACACACGGAAACUAACAGCGAGGAGGCAAGUGUUAAACCCGGAGAGAAGUGGAUGAUGCUUAAAGCUUUCCUGAUGUCGCCGUCUUGCAGCGAUGGCCUGAAGGACUCCGCGCACUGAAACUAAGAGGCUGAUAUGCAUUGAGGAUGAGUGGAGCCGGGGAAAGCUCAUCUGACCCUGCAAGGGCAGAGUUACGGAAACGUAAAGAAUGUUCCACUGAACUUCUUGGACCCAGCCCCAAGCGGAGCAACGAGAAGCGCAACCGCGAGCAUGAGAACAAAUACAUAGAAGAGCUCGCCGAGCUGAUUUUCGCUAACUUCAAUGACAUCGACAACUUCAACGUCAAGCCCGACAAAUGUGCAAUCCUGAAAGAAACUGUGAAGCAGAUCAGACAGAUAAAGGAGCAAGAGAAAGCGGCUGCAGCCAAUGAGGAGGAGGUGCAGAAGGCCGAUGUGUCAUCGACGGGCCAGAGUGUGAUUGACAAAGAUGCCUUGGGACCAAUGAUGCUGGAGGCCCUGGAUGGCUUCUUUUUUGUGGUGAAUAUGGAGGGCAACAUCGUUUUUGUGUCUGAGAACGUGACCCAGUACCUGCACUACAACCAGGAGGAGCUGAUGAACACCAGCGUCUACAGCGUGUUGCAUGUGGGGGAUCAUGCCGAGUUCAUCAAAAACCUGCUGCCCAAAUCCCUCGUGAACGGCGUCCCAUGGUCCAGCGAGGGUCCGAGGAGGAAUAGUCACACCUUCAACUGCCGCAUGCUGGUGAACCCCCACAGCGAGAGCCAGGACGAGCAGCGCGAGCACGAGCAGCAGCAGCAGAAAUACGAGACCAUGCAGUGCUUUGCUGUUUCCGAGCCCAAGUCCAUCAAGGAAGAAGGAGAUGACUUCCAGUCGUGCCUAAUCUGCGUGGCUCGCAGGGUCCCCAUGAAGGAGAGGCCCGCGCUUUCUACACACGAGAGCUUCACCACACGGCAAGACCUGCAAGGCAAGAUAACGUCGCUGGAUACCAGUCUGCUGCGGGCCUCCAUGAAGCCGGGAUGGGAGGACCUGGUGCGCCGCUGCAUCCAGCGCUUCCACCUCCAGAACGAUGGGGAAAUGUCCUUCGCCAAACGUCAUCAGCAGGAAGUUCUUCGCCAUGGCCAGGCAUUCAGUCCCAUCUACCGCUUUUCCCUCUCGGAUGGAACCAUCGUGUCAGCCCACACGAAGAGCAAAUUGGUGCGCUCGCAUGCCACCAACGAGCCUCAGCUCUACAUGUCUCUGCACAUUCUACAGAGGGAGCAGACAGUAUGCGGGAUGGGCCAGGACAUGGGUCCUGGCGCUCAGGCCACAGGGAUGGCUCCCAAGCCAAUGAACUCCUCCACUCCCUCUAUGACUCCACCGACACCGGGAAGUUUGCCAGGCUCAGGACCUCAGGGCCAAGACACGACUAUCAGCAGCAACAGCACGCCUUUCUCUCCUCCGGGCCCUGCUGGCCCCCGAGAACCAGCAACCAUAGGGGGGGGACACAUGCAGGUCUACCGUCAAGGCUGCCCCCAACCACACGGCCACACUGGAGGAAUGCAGCCUCCCCAACAGGGCCAGAACUGGCGAAUGAACAGUCCCUCUCGUGCCAGCCCCAGCCCAGCCGGCGGACCCCACGCGCCUCAGCAGAACUCGAUGCUCUCCCCCAGGCACCGUGGGAGUCCUGGCGGAGCGGGCAGUCCGCGAGUAGCAGGAGGCCUUCACUCCCCUUCCCCAGUGGGGAUGUGCGUGGGAGGGCCCGGUGGUGCAGGUGGUAGCACAACAAGCAGCCAUGCCAACAGCUACACCAGCAGUUCCCUGUCAGCUUUGCAGGUCCUAAGCGAGUGUCACGGUGUAGGACACGGGCACGGGCACCCUCAUGCACACACACUAGGCUCUCCCGAUCGUAGGAUAGGCUCUCCAGCCAGCGUCACACCAGGAUCAGGUGUAAACACUCAUCUCAUGUCAAAACUCGGCGCAGGGGCCACAGACUCGUUUGGCCCUCACACUGAAGUAGGUCAGGGGGGGCACACCCCAGGUCAGACAGAAAGCAACAUUACUGAACCUAAAGACGAGAGGGAGGGGCCACUUGAGGGCCAUGAAUCUCACAGUCAUCUUCAUGACAACAAGGGCCACACUAAGUUACUACAACUGCUCACUACCAAACCAGAGCCUCUGGAGACCCCCCUGUCUCCUAAUGCUGGAUGCGACGGUAAGGACCAAGCUGGGACUGUGGUCCGGGGUGGCCAUUCUGGAGUAAGUACUCACGCCACCUCCCUUAAAGAAAAACACAAGAUCCUCCACCAACUCCUGCAGAACAGCACGUCUCCCGUGGACCUGGCCAAGCUCACCGCCGAGGCCACGGGUAAGGAGCUAGGCCAGGAGCAAGGCCAGGGUGCCUCUGGGGGAGACAUCACCCCAAAGCAGGAACCCCUCAGCCCCAAGAAGAAGGACAACGCUCUGCUCCGUUAUCUGCUGGAUAAGGACGACACAGCGCUGAAGGACAAGGUUCCUAAGCUGGAGCCAGGGGAGGUGAAGGUGGAAGUAGGCAAACAUCCGCUUGUCAAAACGGAGAAACAAGAUGUCGGAUACGACCAAGCUGAGCAGUCGUCGGAGCUGGAUGACAUCUUGAAUGACCUACAGAAUGCCCAGCCGCAGCUCUUCGGUGAGCCACGGCCCAUGUCGCUGCCCAGCCCCAUGGACAAACAGAACAUCAUCAAUGACAUCUUGCAGAUGUCCGAGAGCAACCCGGCAGUCACAGCGCAACAGCAGCACAGGAAUGUUGGCGGCGGCAUGGGUCCAACUAAUUUUGGCGGUGUCCGACCGGGGCAACCAGGCAGGGUUGUGCCUGUAAGGAGCGUUUCUCUGGACAUGAACGCGUCGCCACAGUACCCAAUAAGGACCACAAGCCCGUACGCUCUCGUACAGCAGCAGCAGUCGCAGCAAGGCAUGGUGGGAGGUCACGGCAUGAUGGCUAACCAGGCCAACCUGGUUGGCACAGGUCUUAUGGGUCCAAACGGCCCUCGGCCGGGCAUGCAGCAGCAGGAAGGCUGGGCGGGCUCAGCCUCAGCUCCGCCCCUUGGGACCCCCGGACAGCAGGGGGCCUUGCAGGGCAGGAUGGGCCCCACCGGUGCUCCUAUGAGGCCCAACAGCCAAACGGGGCCCCGGCAAAUGUUGCAGUCAUCGAUGAUGCCCAACACCCAAGCUGACAUGGAUAUCAGUAUGGUGGGCCAUUUCUCCCAGCAGCAGGCUCCUCCCAACCAGACGGCGCCCUGGCCAGACAGCAUGAUGCCAAUUGACCAGACAGCGUUUGUGAACCAGAACAGGACGCUGCACUCAACACCUCAAGAGGACCUGCUCUGUAACAUGGGCCUCAGCGGGGGUGACGGCGGUGCAGUGGAUGAGGGCGCACUAAUGUCACAAUUGUACACUGCGCUAAAAGAUUUUGAUGGCCUGGAAGAGCUGGACCGGGCUCUUGGCAUCCCCGCUCUGAUAGAACAGAACCAGACCCUGGACCAGGACCAGUUCCCGCAGGAGCCCUCAAUGAUGUUAGAACAGAAGCCCCCCAUGUACGCCCAGCAGUUUGGCCCCUCUCCGUCACACAUGGCUCAGAGGGGGUACCCGGGGGCGCCCAUGCAAGAGCCGGGCUUUCACCCCAUGUCUGGCCAGAUGGGUCCUCGUCCGGGUUACCCCAUGAUGAGGAUGCAGGUUCGGCCCGGACUCAGGCCUGGCGGAGUCGGCGCCAACCAGCCCAACGCACUGCGACUACAACUUCAGCACCGGCUACAGUCACAGCAGAACCGACAGCCAAUGAUGACUCCGAUGAGCAGCGUUUCAAAUGUGAACCUACCUCUUCGGUCCAACGCUACAAACCAGGGGACCAUCAACGCUCAGAUGUUGGCGCAGCGUCAGCGGGAGCUCCUGAGCAACCACCUGAGACAGCGGCAGCAGCAACAGGUCCAACAAGCUCAGCAGGUCCAGCAGCAGAGGAGCAUGGCAAUGCGGGCCCAGGGCCUCAACCUGCCGCCCAACAUGAGUAACCCGCGGAUUCCCCAGGCCAACCCCCAGCAGUUCCCCUACCCACCCAGCUACGGUACCGGUACAGGCCUGGCGUCGCCACCUCCCCCUACCAGCCCCUUCUCCUCCCCUCUCUCCCCCAGCCUGUCGUCUCUACCCUCCAACCCUCAGCACCACUUGCAUGGCACCUCCUCCUCUUCCUCCACCUCCUCCUCCUCCUCCUCCCAGAUGAUGAUGGGAAACACAAGCAUGAUGGGCGGACAGUACGGGGCCGUACUCAGCCCCCAAAUGCAGCACAGUGCCUUUCAGUUUCCCAACUCAGGUAUGAACCAACAGGCAGACGGAGGCUUUGGGGGGCCCGGCGCGCCGCAGAGCCCCCUGCUGUCUCCCCGCAUGGCCCACGCACAGUCCCCCAUGAUGCAGCAGGGCCAGGGGAACAACUCCUUCCAAGGCUCGCCCGACAUUAACGGUUGGCCACAGGGCAGCAUUGGAGGGAACAGUAUGUUCUCCCAGCAGCAGACGUCCCCUCAGUUCACCCAGCAGCAGAAUAACGGCAGCAUGUACAAUGGCAGCGGGAUGAACCUGAACAACGUUCCCAUGGCCACCAGCAGCAUGGGCCAGAUGGCCGGACAGAUGAGCGUCACGUCCAUGGCCUCACCCGGCUUGCCCUCCAUGGGACAAGAGCAGAAAUACUGUUGACCGUUAUUGAGUUGCUGCCCUGGACCUCAGUGAUCAGCUGGAGCAAAAAUUGUACACAAACAUGUAAGCCCCUCCAUGUUCAAAGUUCCCGGGGGGGCGUGGCCAGGCCCGGGGAGGUGCUGCCAGGCUCCUCCCCCUGCCUGUCCAGCUGCAUUCACCGUAGUGUGACUUACUGUAGGCCCGGGUUCUUGAUGAAUGUAUCCUCUCAGCGGACUGUGGCCAUUUAUACAAUCUCAUCUCAAAAAUUGGCGGUUUUCCUCCCAGUUGUUUAUUACGCAAAAACUUUUAGCCUGUAUUGCCUCUUUUUUUCCUCCUUUCUUUUUCUAUAAUAUUAGUGUUACUCGCCGGCGUCCGAAGAGGGAGCGAAGAAGUAGUUGAUCCUGAAAAAAAAAAGACUGCAGAAGAGUGAUGUGAGGUUUAUAUAGUGUAUUAAAUUAAGUUUUAUUUUUAUGUAUAGAUUUAAUGAAUAAUUCCUGUAGAUGGCUUUAUUAUCCUCGUAGCAUCCGAGAAGAAAAUAUUCUAGAAGAAAAAGUGUGUCGAAAAAAGGCACUUUUUAAAUGAUUUUAUUAUUCUUUCUGAGAAGACUCGUCUGUGAACCUGAAUACUUGGGUCCGAUCGUUUCAGAAAAAAAUCCAUGAAAGGUGAAUUGUACAUACCGAUAAGUAAAAGCGUUUCUUUUUUUUUUUCUAUUUAUUUGAUUUUUUUGUUUGUUUUUGAUUGUAUUUUCUGGGUUCCCUCGCCUGGUCUGCUCUUUUUUUUCCCGGUACGAUGCAGACCCGGGGUGUGUUUGAGGUUGGGAAGGGUUGCUGUGUAUACAGUGUACAGAUAUCGCUUUGCUUCUCUGCCUUUAGCAUAGAACACCAAACAAACAACAUGAAAAAAGACAAAAAACAAAGAUAACACAGCCAUAAAUAACUUUUAAACAGUGUGCUUUCUAUGUUGUCUGGAGUGAAAACGCUUUAUACGAGCUGCUCGGUGCAAACUGUUUCUGGUGUGAUGUAAACAAGCAAUAACAUGAGAAUCUUGGGGUUAAUUUUGUUUAGUUUUUUUGUAGUUUUUUGUAUAUAAUAAUAAAGACACCAUUUUGCUCCACGUUUUGGAUGCAGUAUUACACGCCAAUUUUAUUUCUUUUUUUAAUUGCAGUUUGUACCAAGAACUCCACACACGCCGAAUUCUCGAUUAUGCAGCAAGGCAGCGCCCCUCCCCCUGCACUCUUGACAGACAGCCAUAUUUAAAUGACCUCAGGCAGUAAAGUGUCCGCUAAUGCACACUACUCUGGGUUUUCGUAAAACAGGUUCGCCUUAUGUCCUCCUGAGAACCAGCGUCCUCUACAGUGGACAUGGAUAUGUUUUCCUCUGGCAAAAGAAAUGGAGCAAAAACAAAUGUCCACUGCAGAGGACGUUGGUUCAUAAGAGGAUAUGCAAAUUUUAUAUCCUUUAGUUCAAUGUUUCCCAAACUUAGGGUCGAUUAUUAUUAUUAUUAAUAAUAAUAAUAGGUGGAUAAAAUGCUUUAGAGGGUUUCAAAGUGUGGCUCAACGACACAAAAAAAUAUUUUUGGACUUGUUUACAUAGGAACUAAAAAAAACAACUAAUGUUGGGCUUUGCAGGUUUGAAAAAUAUGUUUCAUUUAUUUUUCUCCAGCCGCUGCUCUUGAAUCUUUACAUUGGCAAAUAUACUGUAUAUCCUCUCAAAAACCAGCGUCCACUGGAGUGGACAUUUUGUGUUUUUCAUUACAGGGCUAUUUUUUUUCCUGAAAUUUGUAACUCUGGCAAAAGAAGUAGACCAAAAACAAAUGUCCACUGCAGAGGACGCUGGUUCUCAGGAAGAUAUGUCCAUGGGGAAACUAGUGCAGGGUUUCCCAAACAUAACAUUUCUGGAGCACAUUUUGCAGACUUUUUCCCCCCACUCUUAUUUCCUCUCCAAUUAUAAAAUGUUCCCCUCUAAACGGAGCUAAAGUCAGCUUAGUGGGUUUCAAAAAGUGUUUUCUUUAUUUUUCCCAAGCCGCUGCAUUUCUCCUAAAUCAUUAUGUUGGCUCAUGUGCUGAGACGUUUGUGCUUUGCAUUACAGGGCCUUUUUUUUUUCUAAAAAUGUGUGACUCCUGACAAAAUAAAUUGACCAAAAAGCAAAUGUCCACUACAGUGGACAUGGGAAACCAGUUCAGGAUUUUUUUUGCCACUAUUUCCUCUUUAAAAUUAUUUUAUUUUUAUUUUUUUAAGCCACUACAUUCUUCCUUAGGUGGGUGCUGUGGGCUUUUUGUAUUGAUGGUGUAAGAUGGAGCACUACAUCAUUAUGUUGGCUAAUGUACCCUAUAUCCUCCUGAGAACUGGCAUCCACUGGAGUGGACGUUUGUUUUUAUGCAUACCAGGACAUUAUGUAAAUCUAAAAAAAAAAAAUGGAUCAAAAACAAAUGUCCACUGCAGAGGACACUGGUUUCCCAAAUCUAAAAGUUCUGGACCACAUUUUUUGUACUUUUUGUGCCACUCUUUUCUCUCUCACCAUAAAAGUACCCCAGUUAGCUUAGCAGCUUUGAAAAAUAUUAUUUUUCUCAAGCCGCUGCAUUUCUCCUAAAGUUGGUGCUGUCAGAAUAUUUUAUUGAUGAUCAAGAACUAAAUAAAGUCGGCUAAUGUGCAGUAUAACUUCCCGAGAACCAGCUUCCGUUAUAGUGGACGUUUGUGUUUUGCAUAACUGGGCUAUUUUUUUCUAAACUGUGUAAGAAACCGACCAGAGCCAGAUGUCCACUACAGAGGACACUGGCCAAACCUAACCAUGUUUGUUUUGCAUCACAGAUAAUUCUGUAAAACUGACAAAAAGACCACAAACAAAUGGAGUGGACCAUGCUUCUCAGGAGGUUAUGUCCAUGGUAAAACUGGAAAACGAUCCUUAAGUUCUUGGUUUCUUUUCCUGAAAAACUGAAUUUGCUACUUUAGAUCUUCUCCAACCAUAGAAUGUUUGACUUUGAACAAAGCUAAAGCUGGCUGAGCAGGUUUUAAAAAGUAGUUUUUCUUUAUUUUCUUCAAUCUUUCCGCACUUAAGUCUAGCAUCUUUCAUCAAAGAUUUUUGGAAAGAAUUAUGUUUUUCUUUGUGGUUAAUUCUCUAACUUAAAUUCAAGUUAAAUGUAUUGCUGUUAAAAAAGUGUUAGCGAGAGGCAGCGAGAGGCAGAAUAUGUACGUGAUGUCACUUUGUUAUACUUUAUUUUAAAGCCCUAACAACAAAUAUUUGUAAGGAUAUCGUAAGAAUAAAGUCAUCCUGCUGGCUCUCGUUGUUUAACUAAGUUUGGGAAACCCUGCUGUGUUCCAAGCCAAGUGAAUCCUCACUGCUCCAAUUGGAUGAUUUUUUUUCCCUUCCCUUGGUGGCCUGUUGGCUAUCGAUGAUGUCACUUCAACAGGGUCCAAUAAAGUCCAAGACAGAAUGUAUUGUACACAUCCAAGGCCUCCUACUUUUGUGCGCUUUAUACUCUGCACAGGAAUUGGCCUGUCAAAUUCCCUUCAAUCUGCUCCAACUCCAUUCAUUCUUUUAGUGCACCUAACUGAAGGGUUUUAUGGAAUAAGUGGGUUUUUUAAAUUGUAAAACGAGCCUUCUUGAGCGAUUUGACACCGUUUUUAUCCACGCAAAAUUUCUCCAAAGAUUGUUCACAGAUAGAGAAGCCAUGAUGUGCAAGUUGCGUUUAUAACGAGCUAGAGUGUGAUUAUUUUGCCAAGGCCCUCUUUUUUUUAAAAAGAAACUACUUUUCCUCUGAAAUGAAACUUUAAAAGCUCUUUUGUAUCGUCUGCAGGUUUCUUAGAGCUAAGAUGCAACCUUGAAAUGCUAAAGAGUUUAAAAAACACUAGAAAAAUGCCUUAGAUCUUGUCCGUUUUCGCUCUUGUACAUGACUUGGCCGUGUGUAUAAAUUUGUAUUAUGACUAAGAUGUACGAUACUAACUGCUCCCCUGAACGCAUCACAGAUAAUGUUGUGUUUUAUAAGGGACUUUACCAGGAACACUUCUUUGCUUUUUGUUUUUUUAAAUCACACUGUACCCCCACUUCCCAUUUGUACCCCAAGUGUGUGCGUGCGUGUUUGUGUGAAAGAAGAGCGUUUUAUGCAAAAUUAGAUAAAAAACAAACCGACAGUUAUGCAAGUUGUGAACUAAUAUGGCUUCGCUGAUGCUAUUUGCCUUGUAAAUAAAGAAUUCUGUUAUUGCCAUAUUUAA